AUGUCAAAGAAGAUGAGGAGAGUGGGUAAGUAUGAGGUUGGUCGAACGAUAGGUGAAGGAACCUUUGCUAAGGUUAAGUUUGCGAGGAACACAGACACUGGAGAAAACGUAGCCAUCAAGAUUAUGGCUAAGAGCACAAUACUUAAGCACAGGAUGGUCGAUCAGAUAAAAAGAGAGAUAUCCAUAAUGAAGAUUGUUCGACACCCUAACAUUGUGAGGCUGUAUGAGGUCUUGGCAAGUCCUUCGAAGAUAUAUAUCGUUUUGGAGUUUGUGACAGGAGGAGAGCUCUUUGAUAGAAUUGUUCAUAACGGGAGAAUUGAAGAAAAUGAAGCUCGCAAAUACUUUCAACAGCUUGUAGAUGCUAUUGCUCAUUGUCACUGCAAAGGUGUUUACCAUCGUGACCUAAAGCCAGAAAAUCUUUUACUCGAUGUUAAUGGAAAUCUGAAGGUUUCGGAUUUCGGUCUGAGUGCAUUGCCACAGCGAGGAGUAGAACUUCUGCGCACGACUUGUGGAACUCCGAACUAUGUAGCUCCUGAGGUACUUAGUGGCCAAGGCUACGACGGUUCAGCAGCAGAUAUUUGGUCUUGUGGGGUGAUUCUUUUUGUUAUAUUGGCUGGGUUUUUACCCUUUUCUGAGACAGAUCUUCCAGCAUUGUACAGAAAAAUAAAUGCAGCAGAGUUUUCUUGUCCACCGUGGUUUUCUGCAGAAGUGAAGUCUUUGAUACAAAGGAUACUUGACCCUAAUCCCAAAACACGUAUUAAAAUUCAAGGAAUUAGGAAAGAUCCUUGGUUCAGGUUAAAUUAUGUGCCUAUCCGAGCAACGAAUGAAGAACAAGUAAAUUUGGAUGAUAUUCGUGCAGUUUUUGAUGGAAUUGAGGGCAGUUAUGUAUCGGAGAAUGUAGAGAGAAAAGAUGAGGGACCUCUAAUGAUGAAUGCAUUUGAGAUGAUUACCUUAUCGCAAGGCUUAAAUCUAUCAGCACUAUUUGACAGACGACAGGAUUUUGUUAAAAGGCAAACCCGUUUUGUGUCUCGGAGGUCGCCUAGUGUGAUCAUUGCUAAUAUUGAGACUGUUGCUGCCUCGAUGGGUUUUAAGUCUGAGACACGCAACUUCAAGACAAGGCUCGAGGGAUUAUCUUCAGACAAGGCCGGGCAAUUCGCCGUUGUGAUAGAGAUUUACGAGGUGGCACCAUCGCUUUUCAUGGUAGAUGUUAGAAAAGCUGCUGGUGAAACUCUUGAAUAUCACAAGUUUUACAAGAAGUUAUGCGCAAAACUGGAAAACAUAAUAUGGAGAGCAACAGAAGGAAUGCCAAAAUCAGAACUUUUCAGAACAAUCACGUUUUGA